AUGACGAGUGAGAAGUUAAACAGUACGUGGAGCUUAGAAUUCUGGCCAGAAAAUCAAAAGUAUUUGUGGGGUCAACCAUCUCCAACACCAUCCACAGGAUCCUGUCACCAAGGGAGGAAGUAUUGUUAUAAACUUUUUAACAGGAAAGGAACUUCAAGAUGGGGAGAGUUGGAUCAUUGGAUACAAGCAAAACUGUUGAAAGGACAAAACUCUGAAUGGGGAAAAGGAUUUGGGGCAGAAGUCACGACAAAAGUGAAGCCAUACAGUAACAGUCCCUUUUUAACAUGGGGCGAUGUCGUCGAUAAAAUUUUACAGAAGCUGGAUGGAAUCGUAGUGGUAGGAGGAGAAGUAUCUAAUGAAUCGCUCUUUUGGAGGAAGGAAGAGUGGAGCAAUUCCUUAGGAGAAAAUAAGGUAGAAGACACCCCUCUGGAUCAAUUUUCAUCAGGUAAGAACCUGUUAUUGGUCGUAAUGUGUAUCAUCACAGGAUUGAUGAAGGGGAAGGACGCAGGACAGAGAGAAUUUAGCGGAAGGGGACGACUGUGUAAUAUGAUAGAUAGCGGUCUCGAGUUCAGGUAUUCCGAUUGGGACCACUGGAUUCGUAAUAAGGAGAAGAGGGGGGAGGGGAAGGAGUAUCGAUGUUCUAGAUCACAUGGAACAGACGGGUGUCAGGAAGCAGGAAUAGCUUUGAUAUUAAGUGUGUAUCAUUCUAUGAAAAGCAUGUUCCCAAACUAUGGCCCAUAUAAGAUAAGCUAUUGGAUAACCAAAGAAGGAAAAGAUCAGGGCCGGCAGAACUCUGAAAGGUGUCAGCUAAAGGGAGAGCACAUAGAAUGUUCCGGCAACGAAACGUCUGAGUCCCAGGAGGGCGUGAUAAUAAUAGAAGAGGAGGAACUUGGACAGUUGACUAGACCACAUGUGUUGAAGACAAGCGAUGAACUGGUUAGACAGAAUGAGGAGCAAAGAAGGAUCACAUUGGAAGAGAAAAGAGACAAAGGGGGCCCGUCCCUCUCAGAGGCGUGUGUCAUAGGUAUGGAAAAACACACCACCCAAAGUAAAGCAUCUGAGCACUCAACUGAAACCGUCGUAAUCGGAAGCUUAACUCCAGACGUGCAAAACACGAGGCAUGAAACUACCGUGGACAGGGAAGCAGUGAGUGCGCACGCUGCAACUCCCGAAAGUACCGAGGCAGAGGAUGUUGCCCCCCCACUCCCAACCGAGGGGGACACCAGAAGGGAGGACGCGCCCGAUGAUGCCGCCUCGUCUGGAGGGGGAGCGAGCCAGGAAGAUGGGGGACCUCAGGAGGUGGUUAAGGGAUCGAUAAGUCCGGACAUUUCAGCGUGGUUAAAUUUAAUCAGAGAGCCCAACUGGGGUGUAAUUGGGGGCGUAGCGGGUAUAGUUUGCCUGGCAUUGGCGGGUGGUUAUGGUCUGUGGAGGGUGUUUCGGGAUCCUCGAAGAAAAAGGCGGGCAGGGGGCUUGAGGGCUGGCAAGAACAUCUAUGGCAUGAGAUAUAGGGCCGGCGCGUAUUAG